CUCGUUUCACGUUACUGAGAGCGAUUUGCGAGCUGCACAACCGAGUGAAGGUUGUCGGUUAAAUGAAACAAGCGGUUACAUGGUUAACCUAAUUGGUACAACACUUCGUACUUUAUCUUGAGCUUCACCGUGGUGCUAGUUGUGGCAAUACCUUGAACGCCUUCCAGCAACUCGCCUACGGACCUAUAAAAAGAGCCUAGAACUUGUCGCGUAGCAUGUGUCCUGAAGAAUACGGAGCAGAAGAAUGAACGCUAUCUACAGUGUAUUCCUGCUGGUGGUGUCGGUGCUUGCGGUUCAGGCGGAGGUAACGGCCGUACGGGAUGCCCGUUGCCCUCGUGUCGAUGAUCCGGAGAAGACGAUCCACUUGGCACACCCGACGGACUGCAAUCGGUUUCUCGUGUGCUCGGCUGGCAGGGCGUACGAGAUGCGCUGCCCCGAGGGUCUGGAGUACGAUCUAGAGCAACUGAGCUGUGACUAUGACUACAAUGUACGCUGCUCAGUCGAAGGUCGCCAGCAGAUGGCCAAGAAUCAGAUAAUAGGCAAGGAUGAGUCAAUGGGACAGGCAACAUUCGAUCGCCCCAGCUGGGCGAACCGUGAGGAGACCUACAUGGCGGUGCCGGAGGUACCGAAACAGUACAAACCAGCUGUCAGCGUUGUCGAUGCCCGCUGUCCCCGUACCGAUGAUCCGAGGAAACCAAUCCAUCUCCCUCGCACUGGUAAUUGCGCCAAGUUCAUGAAGUGCUUCGGUGGCCGAGCCUACGAGAUGGACUGUCCGGCUGGUCUGGAGUUUGAUGUGAAGAAUGGGCGCUGUGAAUAUCCUGCUUUGGCCGGUUGCGGUCGAAUGUGAAAAGUUUUCCAACAGCGACAUAAUUACCCAUUAACAGUAAGCCCGAAAAGUAUUAAAAUCGAAUAAAGAAGGUUUUCUCGUGCUACAAGCG